UCUUAAAAACGACUAAUCAAUAAAGCGUUUACAGAAAGGAAAUACAAUACAUCAACGUAAAAAUUUAAAGAUUUUGCAUUACUAUGGGCAACUAUGCGCAAACGAAGCGUUAACACGCGUUGCCGGAGGAAUGUUUUUGUGUAACAAGCGCUCCUCGUCAUCAAGCGGAUGAUGGUUGUGUCUUUUGAAACGUCGUACUGCGAGUGUUAAAACUGGUGUACCUUUUUUAAAAAAAAAAAAGUAUUGAUUAUUCUUUUUAGUUUUAUUUAAAGACGAUUAUAAGCAGUGUUGAAAGAUUCCCACUCACAGUACUGCGCGUUGUAAACGCACUGACUGUAACGCGGCCAAGCAAGCGGCCAGCAGCGCCUGGUUGAAACACCGACCCUAAGUUAACUAAACACUCGCAACUUUGUAACCGAACUCGAGUCACAUGACCGUGCAACCGUGUUUAUAAUAGCUAGCCGGAGACAGUUCUGCGUAAUUAAUAAAAAUAAACCGGGCUGUCCGGUCUUAUUUCUUUAAUAAUUAAAUUAAUUUGAGCUAGCGAAAGAGAAGAAAAGAAGAUGAAGAUUGUAGCACUGCCGCUGCUGCCGGCCAGUCUACAGAAGAUUAGAUGCUGAAGAAGAGAAAUGAGCGCGUUCUGCGGUUAUUCGUGGGGGCAAAAUGAGCACCGAUCCCUGCGAGAUCAAAUUAAAACGCGUGCCUUCACGAAAGAGGUCCAGGGACGGUGUGAGGAGUCACCUCACGCCAAAGAAGAACGUGUCCUCCUCCGAGACGCCGGCCGGAGAAGAAGAGGCCGAAGGGGACUGCAGUGACCAUGAGGACCUCUUCGGGGAUUAUGACAGCAUCCUCGGCGAUUGUUCUUUCAUGGCCAGGCUUGAGGAUGUUGAGCAGGAUGCAAAGCGGCAGAGUACAGAAAAGGCGCUCGAGGGAAGUUCGGCCGUUGAUCAGGGAUGGGGAGGCGGCCUUCGUAGCUCUUCACCUGCCUUCGGAGCUCUAAAGACAGCUGGAGACCACAGCAGGACAACAUGUGGCGAGGGCCAUGCAGAGUCUGACACCAUGUCUGGAUUAAACAAUAAGCUCCAUGAAGACAUCCCAAGUUCCCAGUCUGUAUUUCAGCAGGAGGUUUUUACUGGAACAGAAAGGGGUGACACCUCUACUCCUGUCGAGAAAGCCACUGGGGAACAUCACAUCCCUGAUGGCAGCGCGGAGAGGCAGGGCCCCAAACCCCAUGCCAGGUGGAGCAUGACAGAUCGUAUGAAGAGAGCGAUGCUGGAGAAUGCCUCGGCACCCUCUCCCAGCAUCUCAAAGCUAGCUGCUUGGAAGGAGGCGGUGAUGACAGAGGAGAUGGAUGCGGCUGCUAACACCGUUCAAACCGUGUCGUCAGAGAUUGAUCUGGGCCCCUUCUACGGUCUCCCCACCAAAGUGAAAGAUCUGAUCGCCAAUCUGCGUGGAAUUAAGGAACUUUAUGACUGGCAGAAGACAUGUUUGACCCUUGACUCUGUGCAGCAGCGUAGGAAUCUUAUCUACUCACUGCCUACAAGUGGGGGGAAAACCCUGGUGGCUGAGAUCCUCAUUCUCAAGGAGCUGUUGUGCAGGAAGAGGGAUGCCUUGCUUGUCCUACCCUACAUAUCUCUGGUGCAGGAGAAGGUGCGAGGGCUCGCCGGCCUCGGACUGGAGCUGGGCUUCCUCGUGGAGGAAUACGCAGGGAGCAAAGGUCGCUACCCACCCGUCAAACGGAGGAAUAAGAAGUCCUUGUACGUAGCCACCAUCGAGAAGGCCCACAGCUUGGUUAACUCUCUAGUGGAGUUAGGUCGCCUGGAGAGCGUCGGGCUGCUGGUGGUCGAUGAGCUCCACAUGUUGGGGGAGGGGAGUCGAGGUGCCUUGCUGGAGAUGACCUUAGCCAAGGUGCUCUAUAUCAGUAAAUCAACACAAAUUAUUGGCAUGAGUGCGACUCUUAGCAACGUGGAGGAUCUGCAGAGGUUCCUCAAGGCUGACAACUAUACCAGUGACUUCAGGCCUGUCCAACUGGUAGAAUAUGUGAAGUUGAAGGACACCAUCUAUGAAGUCCAUCCACAGGAAGACGACUGCUUCCAGUUUUCUCGUGUGCUAAAUUUUAAGUACUCCAGCAGUAUGCAGAAGGUAGACCCUGACCACAUCAUCGCCCUUGUGACAGAGGUCAUCCCAGCCCAUUCCUGCCUGCUCUUCUGUCCAAGUAAAAAGAACUGCGAGAAUGUGGCCUCCAUGAUUUGCAAGUACCUGAAAAAAGAUUUUCUGCUGCAUCGGGAGGCUGAGAAAGCAGUGCUGCUGCAGGAGCUGCGAAGCAGUGGAGGUGGGGCCCUCUGCCCAGUGCUGCAGGCCACUGUACCUUUUGGCUUGGCCUACCAUCACAGUGGCUUGACCAACGAAGAGCGCAAGCUAGUGGAAGAGGCCUAUACAGCUGGUGUGCUGUGCCUUCUCACCUGCACCUCCACAUUGGCUGCCGGGAUCAACCUACCAGCGCGCAGGGUGAUCCUCCGUUCACCGUAUGUGGCCAUGGACUUUCUGAAAAGAAGCCAGUACAAGCAGAUGAUUGGCCGUGCCGGCAGGGCUGGCAUAGAUGCCAGGGGGGAAAGCAUUCUCAUUCUGCAGGAGAAGGACAAGCUCUUGGUUAAGCAGCUGGUGUCCUCCCCAAUGGAGAGCUGUUACAGCCAGCUGAUGCAUGACAACGGGAAGGGCGUACACAGCCUCAUCCUGUCCCUUGUUGGGCUGAAGAUUGCAAGAACACUGGAGCAGAUCAGGGAAUUUGUAUUGGGCACUCUGCUCAAUGUGCAGGAGAGCCACACCUGCCCGGAGAGGAAGCUCUGGGACAUCACACAGGACUCCUUAGAGUUCUUAAGACAGAAAGGCCUCCUCAAAGUUUCCAAGGACUGUGAGAACAACCUGGUGCUGGAGGUGACCAGCCUGGGCAGAGCCACUUAUAAAGGCUCCAUAGAUAUGACCUACUGUGACAUCCUGUACAGAGACUUGUCAAAGGGGCUGGACAGCCUCAUGCUGAACAGUCUUCUGCACUUAGUCUACCUGGUCACCCCCUAUGAUAUGGUCUCCCAGUGCAAGCCUGACUGGAUGAUCUUCUUUCGACAGUUCUCAUCCAUGACUGCUGCUGAGCAGAAGAUGGCCUCGGGCGUGGGUGUGCCGGAGAGCUUUGUGGCAAGGAAGGCAGCUGGUCAGAGCGUGAAGAAGCCAGCGGACCCUACGGUGGCGGCCCGACUUUAUCUGGCACUGGUUCUCUUCUUGCUGGUAAAGGAGAACAGCCUGUGGAGUGUGGCCAACCGCUUUCAGUUGAGCCGGGGCUUCGUCCAGAGCCUUCUGAGCUCCGCUUCUGCUUUCUGCUCCUGUGUUCUGCACUUCACAGAGGAGUUGGAGGAAUUCUGGGCAUACAAAGCCCUGCUGACUGAGCUGACACGGCGGCUCACGUACUGUGUCAGGGCAGAGCUCAUCCCCCUAAUGGAGGUGGCGGGAGUCUUGGAGGUUCGUGCCAAGCAGCUCUACAAUGCUGGGUAUAAAACCCUGUCUCAUCUUGCAAAUGCGGACCCUUCACUGCUUGUUCAGACUAUACAAAACCUCUCCAGAAAACAAGCAAAUCAGAUUGUGGCCUCUGCCAAGAUGCUGCUGACGGAGAAGGCCGAGGCACUUCAGGAGGAGGUUAAUGACCUGCUGGCAUUGCCACCUGAUCUCCCCUCUUUUUAAAUGCUGCACUGUAGCUUGCUUGUUUAUAUCCAGAGAAUAAAGUGUUUUUUUUUUUUUUUUAAAUAUGUGGUGCACCUUAUAGUCCAACCAGCUAAUGUCAACAACCACUUGUCCCAAGUGGGGUUGCAGUAAGCCAGAGCCUACCUGGCAACACAGAACA